CGCGCGCGGAGACCCAGACGGAGACCGAGUCGUAGACGGAGACCGGCGGGACCAGGCUGGGCGCGGCGCGGCCCGGACGAUGCUGCUGAGCCCCGGCCCGGCCCGGCCCCGAGCACAUGAUGGCGAUCAGGGAGCUCAAAGUGUGUCUGCUCGGGGAUACUGGGGUUGGGAAAUCAAGCAUUGUGUGUCGGUUUGUCCAGGACCACUUUGACCACAACAUCAGCCCCACUAUUGGGGCAUCUUUUAUGACCAAGACCGUGCCUUGUAGAAAUGAACUUCACAAGUUCCUCAUCUGGGACACAGCUGGCCAGGAGCGGUUUCAUUCGCUGGCCCCUAUGUACUAUCGGGGGUCUGCUGCAGCUGUCAUUGUGUAUGACAUCACUAAGCAGGAUUCAUUUCGUACAUUGAAAAAAUGGGUUAAAGAACUGAAAGAACACGGCCCAGAAAACAUCGUAAUGGCUAUUGCUGGGAACAAAUGCGACCUCUCAGAUAUCAGGGAGGUUCCCCUGAAGGACGCUAAAGAAUAUGCUGAAUCCAUAGGUGCCGUCGCCGUUGAAACAAGUGCAAAGAACGCCAUCAACAUUGAAGAGCUCUUUCAAGGAAUCAGCCGCCAGAUCCCACCCUUGGACCCCCAUGAAAAUGGAAACAGUGGAGCAAUCAAGCUUGGGAACCAGAGCCUGCAAACCGGCCGGCGGUGCUGCUGACCCCCAGGGUGGUGGCGCGGAGCGCGUAGAAGCCAGAGCCAGCCUCAUCCAGUGUCCGACAAGUGACCGCAGAUGGGCUCUCGUGGGCUGGCUCCCCCCUCUGCCAAGUGAGCAGUUUGCAUCCUGGAAGACCCUCAGUGAGCAGAGCAGAAAAUCUCCCCGAAAGAAGAUUUGUAGAAAAUGCUGGAAAACUCAAGCAGCUCCACAACCUGGCCUUCAGUGCAUGAAAUGCACAUGGGAGGGAUUAUAUGUAUUUGGUUAAUAAGUAAAGUUGACAUUUUUGUUAGAAAUAUCAGAAACAUUUUGAAUUUGUACACAAGUCUUAAAAUGUCAUGUCACCUAGUCAGACUCCAGUACCAAGGACCAAAGCCUUCCUGACCCGGCCAACAUGUACCAAAAGGCAAACUCUGUGUAGAAGGUCAGUUUUCUAUUUUUUUAGCUGGCUUUAGAAAUAAGCCUUUAUUUAUUACUUUUCUGAGAGAGAGCAGAGAAGUGUAACUGGGCUAUCACUCAAGCUGAAAACUGAUCCCCUGUGAAAAAGACUUUGCAUUGGAAGCUAUCGUAACACAUCCCUUCAUUUAACUGAUGCACAUUUUCCGAGCUGUGGUCAUAUAAUGAAACCAACCAAGUUGGACUAGAAUGUCGUACCUAAAUUUGGUGUUGAGAAGGCCUGGUUUAGCAGUAGUUCAAUAGUAACUACGUGAUCGGGGAUAGGUGGAGGGUAUAAAUAGUAUUCGGGGUGUCACCACCAUUGAAGCAAACUCCUAGACUGGUUGAGAUGUUUAAUGCAAUCAGUAUUGUUUUACUAAGAGAUGGCAUCAUAGUGUCAUUUCUAGAGGAAAAAAUUAACCAGAGGAUCUUUGAGUCUAAAUUGUAGGGCAAACUUCUAAUAAUAGAAAUUAAUCAUAGCUUGUAUCAAAGCCAGCCAAAGGCAUAUUACAUCUUAACAUCCCAGACAUGCCCCCUCCACAACCACACAGACUAUAAAAUCACAUGAAGCAUUUUAAGUGUUUCUAGAGAAAGAUAUUAGGUCAACCACAGGUCUGACUUGGGAAGGCCAGUGACCUGAGAGCAGGCUCUGAGAGAAACUUUCUAGAUUUCCCCAUUUGCUUGGUUAGUGAAGUUGUCUGCAUACAAAGAAUAAAAAUGCAUGAAAAGUUAUUUCCUCUAAAAUUGAAAUCCUGUCACCACCCUAGCAUUCAAAAAACUCAGGGUCAAGAAGCAGCUGGUUUCCUCACAGGGCGUAUACUGAGAGAUGAUUCUCGAAGGAUGGGCGAAUUAGCGGCUUUGGCAGGGCCUGAUAGCCUUAGAAGUGGGGCAGCUUGCCUUGUGGACAUCUGACCACAUAAAGGUCACCAAAGAGACCCUGAGCUGACACCAGGCCUGACCUUCCAGUGACUCGGUAUGAGCGGCUGGUGUCAGGACCUGCCCUGUCUGUGCCUGAAACAGUCACAUCAUCUGUAGAAAGGAAGGGACUUGUGGCUUAAGCUUUCACUUUUCUGUGUUUCUGAGAAAGGGGUUUGCCCUCCUGUCCCAGCUGACCUUGAGAUCCUGAGCUCCAGUCUUCUCCCAUCUCAGCCCCCCAGAUAGCUGGGGUGACGUGUGCGUCAUCACAUCCCACUUACUGUUCCUCUUGCUCAGCAGACAAGGCCAGGUUCAGCUCCCGGCUGCUGCUUGUCACUAACACCGGGACGUGCUUCCCGGUGACAUUCUUCCUGCCUCACCCAACAUGGCAAAGUUGAUUCAUCGUAGCAUAUGAGGGCAGGAAAACACGUUGUUUGGGUUCAAGAAUAUAUUACUUGGAUUCCCCCAAACAGGCACCUCAAAAAACUGUUAGCAAGUGGCAUCUGGAGGACUUGGCAGGGUCCUCGCAAGGAUGGUCAUGUCCUAUUUCCACAUUGGCUCACACAAUUCUGUUUAAAGGCCAAGGAAUAAUACCAGUUGUAAGAGUGAGAAGAAAAAAAAAAAUAGUUGAGUUCAACAUUGAAGCAGCUCCUCUCCAGGUGACAUCAGGCUUAUUUCUAAACCUGCCCCUAGGUCAGGGAAGCUUUCCUUUCGUGCCUAGGCUUCUCUAGCCAGCUGUCCAGAUUUCUGUGCCAGGCCACUGCCAGUCCCAGCAGAGUGUCGUGGAUUUGGGCUCCGUGUGCAGUGUGGUUGUAUUUUGCAUUGAACUGUCUGGUCUUUGCCCCAUAGAGCAGACUGCUGACCAAUGAGUCCUGGUCAUGUUUCGGACGCACAUGGAGGAGUGAAACUGGGCCCUUACCGUGCUGCAUGGCUUUAGCAGGUGAAGCCACCCAGUACAAACACGCAUGCAUGUAUGUCACCACCAUGAGGAAUGAAGAGAGUAGGUGGCCCUAGGGCACAAAAGAGUUCACAUCACUAGCUUCUCUGAAACUAGCUCUUAUGGCCUUGUCUAUUGAUGCUUCCCUACCUAUUAGUCUGUCUUGUGAUUGCUUCCUGAUGGUUCUAACAGUUGACCCCAAACCACAGAAGAUUAUGUAAAGGCCUACAAAUCAUACUUGCUUCAGAAAGCUCAUUUCAUGGAAUAUAGUAUCCUUAGCAUUGUUCCCCAGAAUUCACUCCCUACUCUCAUUUUCUUCCCCCCCCCACCUAUUACAUGUGUGUAUAUGUAUGUGUAAAUAUGAUUUUAUCUCGGUGAUACAUUUAACCCACUGCGAAGUGGCUAUGUUUGGCUCAUGGCCAUGCAUUCUGUAAGGUAGGCAUGGAUUAUCAAAGGGAUUUUUCCCAAAUGGAAAUCCCUAGGAAUGGUAGCAGAGUUGUGCAAACAUCUUCCAUAGGUACAGUAUUGACUUGCCAUUUUGUCGUCAAAAAUGGUAGACCAGGGUACUCAAUAUGACGUUGCCUUGCCGACUAAAAGGUUGGAAGACCUAAAGCUAUGAUCUAGCCAGCAAAUAAGGGCUGUGCCCCAGUGGAAAUCAUGUCCUGAGGGAGGGUUAGAGGACUGAAAUUCUUCCCCUGCCAUCAAGGACUGUCACAGGCGUGUGAUGGCUGAAAUGCAGCUCCGUGGGCGUCUCUGCUCACCGUUUCAUGAAGCUCGUGGCGAGGAAAUGCGAGAGAAGCCAGCGGCGAACCAAGGGCUCUUUGCCGUAUCCGGAAUGAAUGAGCAGCCACAGCACUUCUUCAGUCAUCACUGUGAAGCCGCACCCCGUGACCCACAGGUCAUGCUGUCGCACAAACUGCUGCCCUUUCUGUUUUUAUAAAGGGUUUCACCUGGGCUGGACCCAGGUUUUACACCUAGGAGGCACCUCCUUAGACAACCAGGACUUAGCAUCUUGUAUUCUGUUCUGUAGUAAAACAUUCCCCUCACCAAUGCUCACUUGUAUCAAUUACUUUUGAUUUUAACACACACUGAUUCAUACUAAUAAAUAUUUUAGGUUUUA